UCUCCCUCCUCCUGCAGGCCAUGGCUGUCAUACAAUUCUUCACCCUGCUUGUGCAAAGCAUCCUCUGGAACGCUCAGAUGGUCGGUGAUGAGCUGGAUGAGGCCACACGUGAGCGCAUGCAGCAGCGUGAGGAGUACCUUAGCUGGGAGAUGACUCGGCUGCUGCAGGAGCUGGAGCAGGGGACGCAGGAGCUGGCGCAGAGGACCCAGGAGCAGAGCGGCUUUGCCUGGGGAGCCCUGCUCUUUGCUGCCUUGCGGCAGUGGCAGUUCUGGGCCGUUGCUGGAGUCCUGCUCCUGCUCUUCGCGCUCUGCUGUCGGCUCAGGAAAAGGAGCCAUGAGGUGGACAGCAGCAGUGACGAGGAGAGCUCUAGCAGCAACAGUGAGCACGACGAUCAAGAAGAGCAGGAGCAGGAAGAGGAGCAGGAAGAGGAAGACAGUGAAGAAGAAGAUUCUGAUGAUGAGAGCAAGCUGGGCAGGAUUUUAGCAAAGCGCAUCCAGUGGCCAGUGCAGAACCUAGCCUACAGGAGCCGAGUGGUGGAGGAUCUGGCGGGCAACCUCCUCCGUGUCUCCCAAGAGCUCUUGACAAAUAGUUUCUUCCCAGUGCUGCAACCAGCCAUCAAGGUGGGCAGCACAUUCGAAGGUUGGAGUCCCCAUGAGGAUGAUGCUAUCUACUGCCUGCUCAUACCCCUGAAGCCCCCCCGUGGGCACGCCUUCCACCUGGAGUUGGGCAACAGGGGGGAGACGCCAGCGAGGAACUUCUGCGUCCACGUGGAGCUGGUGUGCACCUGCAUGAGGGAGCAGCUGGCACAAGAGAUGCUGUGCUUCCUGCACCACCCUGAAGAGGAGCUUAGGAGGGAUCAGGGUCCCAGCCUCCUACGCACCCUCUGCACUGACUCCUACCUAGAUGUGCAGAAAACUGCCCACUGGUUCCAGAACUUCGUGAGGUCAGCCUGGGCAGUGGUGCCUCUAUCACGUCGCUACAAUAUGAAGGUGCUGCCCUCCAGCUGCUCCUGCAAGCUGCAGCUGACAAACGCCUCCGGAAGAACCCUCUUCAUUGAGAUGGUAUUUGGGGUGCAGCAAGGCAAUUCAGACAUCUUCGUGAGCAGCCAGAAUACAGAGGCCCUCUUCACCCCAAGCACGACGUGGCCAGAGAGCUACGCUGUGGCAGAGGCGAAGUUCUUCAGGCAUAUGGCCAGGCAGGUCCCGCAUGACAGCUUCCACCUCAGAUGCCUGCAGGCCUAUGCCCGCAUCCUGGUGGGCACAGGCUUUUCCACCUAUACCUUGAAGACAGUUGUGAUGCACCUCCUGAACACCAUACCCCUGUCAGGCUGGCGCAGGAGGCAUUUCCUGCUGCGGAUGGAGGGUAUCACGCGAUACCUGCGCUGCUGCCUGGAGGAGAAACGCCUCGACCACUUCUUCUUAGGCAACGAGAGGGUGCCUGAGGAGAUAAACUUGCCCCCAGACUUCCAAAUGGCCGAACCACUCAACCUCUUCCAGCACCUGGUGCACGAUCCGGACACCCACGCCGAGGCAAUGCGUGAGUAUAGGCAUCUGCAACAACGGUUCAUGAGAGUGCUGAUCUAUGGACACUGAAAGAGAUCUUCACGCACAGAGCUGUGUUUGCAGGAGUCACAGCCAACAGCAGACUACCACCUCAUACUGCAGGGAAAAAGAGGGAAGAAUGCGGGACACAGAAAGUAAAGGGAAAACCCUGUACAGCAGCCCUCUGUCAAGAGUGUCAGCGUGCUCCUCUAGGCAGCCUC